CAGAAACGGCACAACGAGUUACAGAUGACGACAGUACGCGGCAGGCCGCGGCGGGCAUGGCGGGAGCUGGCCAGGCGCAGCAGCAGCAGCAGCAGCAGCAGCCAACAAGUGCUGACGUCCUUCGUCAGACCAACGCCCAAGCUCAGCACGACCCUAGCACAAGCAACCUCCAUGCCGAGCUGCCGAGCAACGCACAACAGCAGCUCGAGUCGUGGCAGCCGGUCUUGGUAGCGCUUUUGGACGGCGGGCACCUGCAGCAGCUCGUUGGCUACUUCGCCACACACACGGAGCAGUGGGCAGGUCUCAGCGGCAGCAGCAGCAGCGACAGCACCGGUGACGGCACACGCUGCGGUGGCGCGGACAACACGGAUGCUGAUGGUGUCGGCGGCGACGGCCUGGAGGGCUGCGUAUUGGAUGCGCUGGAGGCCUCCUGGGCGCACCGGCCACAGGCGCUUCCACACUUGAUGCUUUCACGGGCCCGGAACCUGGGCCAGGCGCAGGCUGUAACGGCUAAGUCGGGCGAUGUCGGUAGCAGCAGCUGGCCUGGCAAUACAGAGUGCAGCAGCAGCAGUGGCAGCAGGCACCCGAGCGGUGGCAGCAGCAGCAGCCCGGCCCAACAGGUGGUGUUGGACAAGGCGCUGUGGGACCUCAGUCCGUUGCGGGAGGUGGCGGCGCGACACGGGCGGUCGGAGCUGGUGCAGCUGAUGGACGCGGCGAGUGCGGAUGUUGCUGUUGCCUUAGCGAAUGCAGACGCAGAAGCAGCGGCGGCAGGUGGCGAGGAAGGUGUGGGCAUACUGGUGGAUGCGUCCUGCAGCCAGCUCAGGCGGAGGCUACUGCGGCGCCGAUACCGUGCCGCGGCUGAGGGGGCCGGCGGCGGCGCCACUGGUUGCCACCCGCCCUGUGCCUGGCGGCUGCUGUCGCCGUAUGAGGUGAAGCAGUUGGUCGCGGCGGCAAUUGCGCCUGCAGCCCUGUGCGCCAACCCCAGAUGCAGCAGCCUGGACGGCCCGAGCGCGCUGGUGCCUCCGGGCGGCGGCAAGACGUGCUCGCGCUGCCGUGCGGCCCGCUACUGCUGCGGCCUGUGCCAGCUGCAGCACUGGCGCGAGGGAGGCCACGACACGCAGUGCCCGGGCGUGAUCGCGGCGACUGUGGCCGCGGGCUCGGCUGUGGUCGUGGGCUCGGCUGCAGGCGUGGGUGCGAGCAGCGCGGCUGAGGAUGGGGCAGCAUAAGAGGCAUGUGGCUUGUGUCACACUUGCACGGGCUUGGGGUUGCGUGGGCUUGGGACUGCACUUACUACGACGCGCAAACGCACGAAGUACCGUAAUGCGUAGGCAUUCCUUUUACUGUUGGUUGCGAACGUGCCGCACUUGCCCCAGGUGACUUGCGGAUGGGGAACAGCAACUUGCAUUGCCACCACGGCGGCACUGGACUCUGUUGGCAGCUGUGCCGUGCUUGUGACUUCGGGCUGUGUACACCUGUGCAUUUGGCUCCGUUGGGUGUGGCGAUGGGCAUUGCGUUGGACUCGAACCACUGAGGGCUUUCAGGAAUGAAGGUCGGCCGGAGACUUGUAGGCGAUCGGGUGACAUACGGUAGCGCGGGUAUGGACAAUCAAGGGCAGCACAGCUUGCAAGGCGUGCCGUGGCGGGUGCCAUAAGGCGGCAAGUGUGGGCCGUUUGGGUCACUUUCCGUCAGGGCCGGUGUUGGUUGGUUGGUUGGUUGGUUAUUGCGUUUGUCGUGCACCUUGGUUAUGCAUACUCAGUUCGGAUGCACGGGCGAUUGCAUACGUGGCAGGAGGGCACUACCUGAGCUUUCGCGCCCGCAGAUUCUGGCAGAGUCGGCCUCCCGUACGUGGCUUUGCAAGUGCACGCGCGCCCGCCUCCACCACCGCCCCCACGCCACCAGGAUGGCCUGGUGGCCACGACUUUGCGUCGCGCGCGGUGUGGCGUCCCGCAGUGCCUGCGUUGUGCUGUCCGCUGUCGCCGGGCGCCCGGAGCGUGAGGAUUGUUGCGCGUCAGCAGACUACCGUAUGGACCAGCCAGCGCGAUCAUCGGUCGAGCAACCGCGAACUCACUCCCACGCCUUGUGGGAUUUGUGGGCGGGGAUGCUAGCCAUCACACUCAGGACUAUACUUCUCACCACCCUCUGCUCUUGCUUGUUAGGGAUGUAUCGGGCCAGGCCGGUAUGCCGACACGGGCGGGGAAAUGAGGGCCUGUGUACCGUACUAAGCAUACGGCACGAAGCCAACACAGUCGGGACUUUGCUCCUCACCGCCCUCUGCUCUCGCUUGUUCUAGGAAUUCAGCAUACGGUACAAAGGUAGGUGAAAUUAGAGCAGCGGAGGGCUUCAUGGUGUUGUGAGGUGCAUGACGCAGUUUUCGCUUGGUGUUGACAGGGGGGGGGGUAAGGAUGCCGCAGACAUACCCCACCCUUCAAAUCGAAAGAGCUUGACGAGAGCGUUCAGAAUCCGCUUUCUGAAUU